AUGGAACUGCGAGUGCGAAUUCGCAGAAAGUUAACGGCGGAAGCUGAAUCGUUCGCGCAUCACGUCCUCUACGGCGGUCGCGUCGGAGUAAAGUCGGCCGGAAACAGCGAAAUGUCCGGCGAAUCGGCAUUCAUCGCUAAAAAGAGAAGAGGAAGGCCGAGGAAGUACGAACUCAUCCCCAUAAGACUGGUGCCGGCGUCUCCGGAGCGGAGCUUUUCGUCGUGCGAUUCAAAAAUCUCAUCGACACGCCGCCCUGGCCGGUCUCGCGGUGGCGGUAAAUUGCAGGUCCUCGCUUCGCUAGGUGGUUAUGCUUGGGACACGGCCGGUACAAGUUUUACCCCUCACGUUGUUCACGUUGCAGUAGGAGAGGAUAUAGUGGAGAGAGUAGCAUCAUUCUCAAGUAAAGGUAGUAGAGCAAUAUGCAUACUUGCUGCAACUGGUUCAGUUUCCACCGUUCUACUCCAUCAACCUGCUUCUAACCCUCCCACCGUCUUGAGAUUCCAGGGUAUGUUCGAGAUUCUGCGUCUGUCUGGAUCCUUUAUCCGCCAAACGGCCGAUACCCAAAUCAAGAAGGGUCACCUCACCGUCUCCCUGGCCGAACCCAACGGUCGAGUUUUUGGUGGUGUCGUUGCUAAUUCACUCAUUGCUGCUGGCCCUAUUCAGAUGAUCAUGGGAAGUUUCAAGCAAAAAAUGAGCAGUGAGCAGUGAAGUUAAGAAACAGCAGGCGCUGUAGAAGAAGAAGAAACUCGUGAUUCUCCUUCUUCCAGACCAAACGACAUCGUUUCUUUUCUAAUCCUUGCCCAGACAUUGCAAAUAUGCAUACAUUCUUCAAGAGGUUACCUCUUCCCCUCUCAUACACAAUGUUCAUAAGUUUCUAAUGAAAGAG